GUACCAACGUCGCACUGGAGGGGUCACUACCGAAUCCGAGUCACGUCCGGGUGGCUAUGCACGCGCGCCGGGAUUUUCGGCGAACUCUCACUCUCUUGCAGUCCCUCCAUGAAAAAUCCGCAGUGAGAGAGACUGAGCGAGUAGAAACCCUAAAAAUGGCGAUUCCUCUAAGACGAGCACUCUCUUCUAGAAACCUUUUCUCCCUCCUUCGAAACCCUAGCCAGGCCAGCACCAAGCUCUCCUACCUCUCUUCUCUCAGCUCCUGCAGCUCUCUCUCUGAAACUCCAUUUCCCCAAAACCAACACGAUUUCAGUCGCCCAGGACCCGAUUUCAUGAGAGAAGCUCGAAGAGGUUUCGCCAAAGGAAGGAAAUCAAGGGAUGAAAAUGAUACAAUAGAAGUUGUGCCAGAUAUUGGUCCAACUGUGAAGGCAGCUGCUGUCUCACAGAUGGAUGCUGCAAUCGUUGCUUUAUCUCGAGAGCUUAGUAAGCUACGGACAGGAAGGGCAUCGGCAGGAAUGCUUGAUCAUAUCAUUGUAGAGACAAAUGGUUUAAAGAUGCCUUUGAGUCGUGUUGCUGUUGUUUCCGUCAUAGACUCACAGACCCUCUCCGUGACACCUUAUGAUCCAAAUGGCUUGAAGGAGUUGGAGCAUGCCAUUGUAUCAUCACCAUUGGGUUUAAAUCCAACAUUGGAUGGGCAACGACUGAUUGCAGCUAUACCUCCAUUAACAAAGGAGCAUAUACAGGCUAUGUGCAAAGUCGUUGCAAAAUCUUCCGAAGAUGUUAAGCAAAGCAUCAGAAGAGCACGUCAGAAGGCACUGGACACGAUAAAGAAGGCAUCGUCGAGUAUUGGCAAGGAUGAUGCCAAGAGACUCGAAAAGGAGGUCGAUGAGCUGACAAAGAAAUUUGUGAAAUCAGCUGACGAAAUGUGCAAGGCGAAAGAGAAGGAGAUUAGUGGGAGCUGAGGUGGCAGUUUUGGUAUUUUUCUUCUAACCAUGCAACCACCGAUUGGUUUGCUGUUGUUUAGUUUUUUUGUGAGGAUGCUGCAUCAUUGUAUGGUUGAAUGAGUUUUGAUGGAUCCCACCUUGCUUGAUCAGAGGUUGGAAUUUUGAUAGCUUUCUUAGAAAUCCUUCAUGGGAGUUGGGUAUAUGAUAUAAAAGCCAUGAUAGAGUUAGGUGGCGCA